GUCGUGACGAGGUAGGCGCGACCUCCGACGGGUCCCGCCACCGGGGUGUCGGGACAUGUAGUCGGGGAUCCCGCCCGAGUCCGGAUGGAUCCGGAGGGAGGCCGGGAGGAGGGGCCGCUCGGAGCGAUGAACGCGACCCGGUGGACGACGGGCCUCCCGGAGAACGGCACCGUCCUCCCGACGGACGGGGCGGACGACGCCGCGCCGAUCCACCGCUACUCGAUCUGGGAGAUCGUGAUGAUAGCCGUGGUGGCCACCGUCCUCAGUCUGGCGACGGUCGUGGGCAACAGCAUGGUCAUGAUCUCCUUCAAGAUCGACAAGCAGCUGCAGACCAUCUCCAACUACUUCCUCUUCAGCCUGGCGGUCGCGGACUUCGCGAUCGGCCUCAUCUCCAUGCCGCUCUUCACGGUCUACACCGUCCUCGGGUACUGGCCCCUGGGGCCGCACGUCUGCGACACGUGGCUGGCCCUCGACUACCUCGCCAGCAACGCGUCCGUCCUCAACCUCCUCAUCAUCAGCUUCGACCGGUACUUCUCCGUGACGAGGCCGCUCACCUACCGAGCCAAGAGGACCACCUACAAGGCCGGCAUCAUGAUCGCUUGCGCCUGGGGCAUCUCCAUCCUCCUCUGGCCUCCGUGGAUCUACGCCUGGCCCUACAUCGAGGGCCAAAGGACGGUCCCGGUUAACGCCUGCUACAUUCAGUUCAUCGAGACCAAUCACUACAUCACCUUCGGAACGGCGAUCGCCGCGUUUUACGUCCCCGUCUCGGUAAUGUGCUUCCUGUACUGGCGCAUAUGGCGGGAAACCGAGAAGCGACAGAAGGACCUGCCGAAUCUACAGGCCGGCAAGCAGGACGCGAGCAAACGCAGCAACUCCAGCGACGAGGCCCUGGACGCGGACGACUGCAGGAGGACGCGAAGCGACUCCAGCACGGGGGCCGACGACGUCCACUCGGUGCACACGGUCUCCUACGUCGACGGGCGCUACCCGGACGGCGAAAUCAGGCCCCGGCCCUUCUCCUGGACGUGGAUGAAGCUGUGGUGCGAGGCCUGGUGGCACAGCGGCCGAGAGGACGAGGACGAGGACGACGAGCUCGGCGGGACGGAGAACGGCAAGGCGGGCGCCGGCUACGAGGAGACCCUGACGCCCCUCUCGGCGGAGACGCCGCUACCGAGCGCGAUCUCGCGCUGCGACUCCCUGGGCGUCAUCCAGACCCACGGUCUCUCCCUGGAGAAGACCGCCUCCAACGCCCUGGACCGACCCGACGACCGCGGGGACGCCAUCUCGAAGAGCGUCUCCAACGACUCGGUCUACACGAUCCUCAUCCGGCUGCCCAUCGACGGCGUCGGCAAGUACGAGAGCGAGGGGCCCAGCAUCAAGAUGUAUCCCGAGGACGCGAUGGCCUUCCUCGUGCACGGCGACCUGGGCCCCGACGUCGAGGGGGCCCUCAAGAUCGACGGCAAGCUAGCGAGCCCCUCCAACGUCCUUCCCCGGCCGUCGCACGUGCCCGACGUCCGGAUCCCGCUCAACGCCAAGAACAUGCCCAAGCCGCUCUCGGGCGGCAAGGGCAUGCUCAACAAGCAGCAGGCGCCCGUCAAGAAGAAGAAGAAGACGCAGGAGAAGAAGGCCGACAAGAAGGCCGCCAAGACGCUCUCCGCCAUCCUGCUCGCCUUCAUAAUCACGUGGACGCCGUACAACAUCCUGGUGCUCCUGAAGCCCGUCACCUCCUGCGUCGGCUGCAUCCCGCAGGAGCUCUGGGACUUCUUCUAUUACCUCUGCUACAUCAACAGCACCGUAAACCCCGUAUGUUAUGCCCUAUGUAACGCCACCUUCCGACGAACCUACGUGCGGAUUCUCAAAUGUAAGUGGCACAGUCGGAACAGGACCGGAGCCAACCGGGGCUACUGCCCCUAG